CAUAAUUCGAAAGAUUUUGAUGUAUUCUUUCCGGUGAAAGUCUGUCGAGGGAGAUCAGGAGACGAUUGGAACAGGGUCGUCGGCGGCAGUUACGAUAAGGGCAUCUAAUUCCGGCGAGGUCUUAUAGUUGCAAGUAAAGAUCUGGGUCAGAUUCAUAGAUCGUGAAUUCUUGAUGAUAACGACGAUUUGGGGAGUUGGGCUCCUACCAUGGCUUUUGUGUUUAUUUUUUAAAGUGUUUUUUGUUUUUAUUGGUUUUCCAUAGACAUCUGCAAUUUACAAGAAGUGUUUAUUUUAUUUUUUCCCAAAGUCAAUCCCUAGUUGCUGCUAGUCGCUACUUGCUACCAUGGCUUUCUUGUUUCAGAUUUUUAUUGUUCCUUUACCUUGUAAGGCAAGAGGAAGGUAUUGGAAGGCCAAGAGACGAAGGCCAGUUGAUUAUGGAACAAUUCAACAAUCUAUAGACUUUUUAGAUUCUACACAAAUCUUGAUCAUGAAAUACAUUAAAAUCUUUCCAAGUCCAUACCAAAUUAAAAGAAUAAAUGGAUUGUAUAGAAUCCAUUGAUUAUAAAAAAUCUAAGAUAAUCCCUUAAAUUCUAAGUUGAAUACACAAGUUUUCGUCCCAAAUCAAUAUAAACAAACUCCAUGAUAUGAUUAAGGGCUGUUUUUCCCAUGUUCAAGCAGUGCAUCUAAAAGCUCGGGAAAGCGUUUUUUUGUUCUUUUGGCUCAAGAAAUUGAAGCAGAUCAAUUCCGCAACGGUUCUGAGAGGACAGUCAUCUUAUGGUAUUCCAUUGCUUCAUCAGCUUAGUGGGAUAAUCAUGAUUGAUCAUCAGCAUAAUCCUGAGCAGUAUGCUGUUUAUUAGUAGUAUUUUGACCGAAAACUUCCUGUUUGAUCGGUUGGUUGAUUAACGUUUUGAGUCAAUUGCAAUUGGAUCAUGACACAUAGAGUCAUUUUUUGACGAUGUUUUAGCUUAGGGUGAAUAAUAGACUGAAAUGACACAUUAAAUUUCCUAUGCUUCUAACUCUCUAUGAAGUUUUGAGUAGUAAAUGCAUAGGGUCUAACAAAAUUGUCUUUGUUUUUUACGGAGUAAGCUGCGUACAGCCAUACGUCUUCACUCCAUGACUCCAAGCAUAGCUCGUUGUUGUGGUGGUGGAUUAUUAGCAAUAUGCUAAGGAAAAUGCUGGUUUCAAAAUGCUAAUAGGAUCAUAUUAGCAUUUUAAAAAUAAGGAGUAACAUAUUGUUGUUCGCAUUUUAGUUUAUUUUUGUAGCAUUUUACCAAGUUAUCAAACUUUAUUUUUAAAACUGCUAGCUACUAGUCAACUUGCUAAUACAAAGUCUUAAAUGCUACUCCGUAUUUGCUAUUUGCCAAACAGGCCCAAAUGUGGUUGGUUGAUUUUUCUAAAUUAUCCCAUGAUUUGGGAACUUGCACCCACAGGUUCUCUGUAAAGGUAUUUUUUGAUAUCAUGCUUUCCGUGUGUUUUAGUAUGCUACCCUAUGCGACCAUUGUCAUUGCUGAGAUUGAUUAACUAUUGUGCUAAGUUUGUAUUGCUGCAGUGUGUUUUUCAAAAGAGAAAAUUGUGUAGGACUAGCAGGAAAUUGUCAUCACUAGCUAUGGUACGGGCUUCAUGCUUGAUUUAAUGGACGGGAUCUUUGUAUGAGGUCAUUGUAUUCAUAUGUGAAACCGUUCAUCAUCAAUAUUUGAAUUUCUCCAAUAUUAGUCUAUGGUUACUCCGGCCAUUCAAAAUAGUGGCCACACUUGUGUUAGCAAAUAACUUUUCAAAAGUAAGAUGAUAAUCAGAAAAGUGGGAUGAGAGGAGAAAGGCCGAUGAGGAAAAGAAUGGUGGGUCAGAAUGGGCAGGUUUAUUAAAUUGUUACGGAGUAUUUCAAAAAAUGGACCAGGACAAAAUAUUAUGAAGCGGGCAAAAGAUGUGAAACAAGUAUUAUGAAACAAAGGGUGAUGUUCACCCAACAAAUUCAUGCAAAAAGAAAGUAUCAGAGUUUUACACUAAAGAAUUGUGAGUUAUAUUUCAAAAUUUUGCCUUAGGUUCUUUUCCACUUGCAUGCAAAUUACUGGAUGAGUUCAAAUAAGUUUUAUAGUCAAUUAGUCAUGUCUCAUUACACAAUUGACAUUGCAAUAUUAACAAAUAGUGUUUUGAUCCGGCUAGUACUUAGUAAAGUUAGAGUAGCAUUGAGAUUUCGAAUACUGUAAACCUC